GCGAUGAUGCAGGAGCUCUGCCGCUCUGUUCGCCUGUCUGGAUGCUCCAAUUAAAACCAUGCCGCAGCCAAAAUCCCGGAAAAUCGCCGUGUUGGGUUACAGAUCGGUGGGGAAGUCCUCUCUCACCAUCCAGUUUGUGGAGGGGCAGUUUGUGGACUCCUACGACCCCACCAUAGAGAACACGUUCACCAAGACGAUGACUGUGAACGGUCAGGAGUACAACCUGCAGCUGGUCGACACGGCCGGCCAGGAUGAGUACUCCAUCUUCCCUCAGAGUUACACCAUCGACGUCGACGGUUACAUCCUCAUCUACUCCGUCACAUCCUACAAAAGCUUCGAGGUGGUCAGAGUGAUCCACGAGAAGCUGCUGGACAUGGUGGGAAACGUUCAAGUACCAAUUAUUUUAGUUGGAAACAAGAAAGACUUACACAUGGAGAGGGUGAUCAGUUUCGAGGAGGGGAAAGCUCUGGCGGAGUCGUGGAACGCCGCCUUCCUCGAGUCUUCAGCCAAAGAAAACCAGACGGCGGUGGAAGUGUUCAGGAGGAUGAUCCUGGAGGUGGAGAAGAUGGAGGCGGGUCAGCCGCAGAGUCGGACACCCUGCUCCAUGAUGUAGCU